AUGCAUCCCGGGGCUCCUGCAGCCCCUGGAGUAUCCGAGCCCAGCCCCCGGGAACUGUGUGCCUUCCGUAAGUGGGGCGGCUGCCCACGUGCUGCGCCCCUGCACCCACGGCGGACCAGGCCCCCCAAAAGGAAGCCCAACCACAGGAGGUUCUUGCACAACCAGAUAUGCAGGCAGUUUGCCAAGAUUGAGGCUGCCACCCAGCACCUGGCCCUGUCCAUCCUGUCCCAGGAGGCGCCUCCCCAAAGACCACCGCCCCAAAGGCCGCCCCUGCCGCCUCCAUCACCCUUCCUGGGGGUGGCCCGUGCUGUGGCCCCCACAGAGGCACCCCAUGCCAGCCCCAGCCUGAACCCAACUGCCCUGGAUGCCUCCACCUUCGACCUCUUUGAUGACAUUGCACUCACCCCAGAGUGUCUCUCAGUGCCAUAUGACCUGUCCCAGCUCUCCCUCAGCCAGGGCCCACAUUUCUAUGAUCCCCUGCCCUUGACCCCAUAUGCCUUGAAGGGAGGAGACAAACUCUUGCCUCCUGAGGGGAACUGGGUGGGCAGGUGGGAGGUGACUUGUGACUGCCAUUCUCACAGGAUCCCUGAGGGCUGGGGGACCUGCCCCCCAUGA